AUGUCGAGGCGCCCACACUGCCAGGCAAGUUCAAAUGUUAUAAAGGGCACCUGGGACGGGCAAGACACACGCCCCGCGCAGGUGCCUCGGUGCUGCUUCAUAUCAUCACCAAAGAUGGCUCUCCUCGCCCUCACACUAACAGGUCUUGCAGCUCUGGGCCUCGCCACCCCCGGCCAGGAGGAUGCCUCUCUCCAUCUUGCCCGCCAGCGGCUCAGCAUCAAUGCCGGCUGGCGCUUCGAACGCUUCGAGGCCAACCCCGACGGCCUCAGCUACGACCGGCUGAAGCCGUGGAUCCUGCCCGCCGCCAAUAACUUCAUUGCCGACCCAGCCCUUCACACCCAGCCACCUACCGGACGACCCGACAACGUCACAUACGCCCAGGCUUCCUUUGAUGAUAGCACAUGGGAGGCCCUGGAUUUGCCCCAUGACUGGGCCGUCAAGGGGCCCUUCUAUGAAGGCUCCGAUCCCCCAGUUGGUGGCAACAUGGGCCGUCUGCCAAUCCAGGGAAUUGGCUGGUAUCGUCGGACCAUCGACGUCGCACCUGCCGACCGGGACAAGACCAUCUACCUCGAGGUCGAUGGCGCCAUGUCCUAUGCCACUGUCUGGCUGAAUGGACAGCUCGUGGGUGGUUGGCCAUACGGGUACGCCUCUUUCCGUCUGGAUCUCACCCCUUACGCCCGGCCAGGAGAGAACCAGCUGGCCCUCCGCCUUGACCAGGACCUCGAUUCAUCUCGCUGGUAUCCUGGCGCCGGCAUCUACCGAAACGUGUGGCUUACCAAGGUCAACAACGUCCAUGUCGGCCAGUGGGGCACCUACGUCACCUCAAGGGAUGUCUCUGCUGAGUCGGCCACCCUGCACCUCACCGUCCAGGUCGAGAACGCCGCAACUGCCGGCGACGCGUCAGACAUUCAAGUUGUCACAGAUGUCCACGUCUUGGACUCGGCCACAGGACAGGCAGGAGACAAGGUUGGACAGUUCCCCAUAACCAACGUCAGCGUUGCGGCCGGCAGCAUCCAGUCAACAAACGGCUCCAUUACCCUGGAGAACCCGAGGCUUUGGGGCCCCAGGCCAUCACAGGAGCCACACCUCCACGUUGCCAUCACACGACUGUAUGCAGGCGGUCACGAGCUGGACACGUACGAGACUCGCUUCGGUGUCCGUUCGGUCAGCUACGCCGGCGAUGGGCUCCGCAUCAACGGGGAGCGCAUCUACCUGCAGGGCGUGUGCCAGCACCAUGACCUGGGAUCAAUCGGUGCUGCCUUCAACCUCGUCGCAGCUGAGAGACAACUACAACUUCUCCAGGACAUGGGUUCGAACGCUAUCAGGACAUCGCAUAACCCGCCAGCACCCGAGGUCCUCGACCUCGCUGACCGCUUGGGCAUUGUUGUCCUCGAUGAGAUCUUUGAUACUUGGGCAAGUCACAAGACGGAGAACGAUUUCGCGAGCCUGUGGGAGGACUGGUCAGAGCCAGACCUGCGUGCUUUUGUCCGCCGUGACCGUAACCAUCCCUCCAUUUGGGCGUGGAGCUACGGCAACGAGAUUGCCGAGCAGGAGGAGGGUGCCCCUGGGGCCGCAGCGGCACAGCGUCUUGCGGACAUCGUCAAGGAUGAGGACUCGACGCGUCAGUCAUCAGUAGGCAUGAAUAAUGCCGGUCCGGAGACUCCCUUUGUCUCUGUCGUGGAUCUCAUCGGCCUGAAUUACCAGGGUGAAGGCAAGGGCAACGGCGGCCCGACAUUCCAGAACUUCCGUGGGGAGUUCCCGGACAAGCUGAUCUUCAGCACGGAAAGCUCCUCGGCCGUCAGCUCGAGAGGAACCUACCUAUUUCCGGUGACCCCGGCCAACAGUACCAUCGUCCUGGCCAAUGGCACCGGCGCUGAUCCAGAAACCCGCCAGGUCAGUGCUUAUGAGCUGUAUGCCGUCCCUUGGGGCGCCUCGCCCGACAAGGUGUUUGACGCACAGGACAACUUCCCGUAUGUCGCCGGGGAAUUCGUCUGGACGGGCUGGGACUACAUCGGUGAGCCAACACCCUACGAUGGACAGUCUCGCAGCAGCUACUUCGGAAUCAUCGACUUGGCCGGGUUUCCCAAGGACCGCUUCUACUUGUACCAGUCGCGCUGGAACCCAACAGUUCGAAAUGCCCACAUCCUUCCUCAUUGGAACUGGCCAAACCGUGUCGGCGACGUCACUCCUGUCCACGUAUUCUCUUCCGGCGAUGAAGCCGAGCUGUUCGUGAAUGGAGAGUCCCAGGGCCGUCAGAUGAAGGCGGGUUAUCGUUUCCGCUGGGACGACGUCACCUACCAGCCUGGCGAGGUUCACGUCAAGACUUACAAGGACGGAGAAGAGUGGGCAGAGGCCACAGUGCGGACGACCGGAGAGGCCACACAGUUACUUCUAUCUACCUACCAGAACCGUACUGUUAUAGGCCGAGGCAGUGGCGACCUCUCCUUCGUCACUGUUGCCGUGAGCGAUGACAAUGGCGACGUGGUGCCCACUGCCGAACCUGCCAUCACUUUCUCGGUUACUGGAGGUGAGAUUGUGUCGACUGACAAUGGCGACCCGACGGAUUUCACGCCCUUCCCAUCCAAGGAACGCAGAGCUUUUAGGGGUCUCGCGCUUGCCAUCGUGCGUGCGCCGACGGGCUCCUCUGGGUCCGUCACUGUUACCGCUCGGGCGGACGGCUUGAAGACGGGCGAAAUCACGCUUGAUGCCCAGUAG